AUGGCAGCCCUUGGUGAGGACUUGCUUGGAAUAGUCAAUAAACUUCAGGAUCUAGUCUUCAACACUAUCGGCAAUGACAGCUUGGAUCUUCCUCAAAUCGUCGUCGUUGGUUCACAGUCCUCUGGCAAGUCAUCCGUUCUCGAGAAUAUCGUUGGCCGAGACUUCCUUCCCCGUGGAAGUGGCAUCGUCACCCGGAGACCGCUCAUCCUACAACUCAUAAACGUUCCCAGCGAUGACGACGCCCCAGAGGAGCACACGUCUGCCGCUGUGGCAACACAACCGGAAUGGGCUGAGUUCCACCAUAUACCGAACCGACGGUUUACGGAAUUUGCAGAUGUCAAGCGAGAAAUUGAGAAUGAGACUGCACGAAUAGCUGGAAAUAACAAGGGCAUCAACCGACAACCUAUAAACCUAAAAAUAUACUCUCCUCACGUUCUAAGCUUGACGUUGGUGGAUCUACCUGGAUUGACGAAGGUCCCGAUUGGAGAUCAACCAACCGACAUCGAGAAGCAGACUCGAAAUCUCAUCUCUGAAUAUAUCGCCAAACCAAACAGUAUCAUUUUAGCCGUCUCUCCGGCGAACGUCGAUAUUGUGAAUUCGGAGGCUUUGAAGCUUGCCCGCCAUGUUGAUCCGCUUGGUCGGCGGACCAUUGGCGUACUCACUAAGAUAGAUUUGAUGGAUCAUGGGACAAACGCGCUGGACAUUCUCUCUGGACGGGUAUACCCAUUAAAGCUGGGCUUUAUCGGUGUCGUCAACCGAUCCCAGCAGGAUAUCCAAGGCAACAAGUCCCUCGCAGAAGCCUUAAAAUCGGAAGCAGACUUUUUCAAACACCACCCAGCAUACCGGAACAUGGCCAAUAGAUGCGGUACCCAAUUUUUGGCUAAGAGUUUAAACACCACUUUGAUGUCACAUAUUAGAGAGAGACUGCCGGACAUCAAGGCUCGUUUGAAUACGCUGAUGGGCCAAACUCAGCAAGAACUUGCGAGCUACGGAGACAUGCAUUUCAGUGGGAAAGAACAUAGAGGAUCUUUGGUUUUGCAGCUAAUGACUCGGUUCGCCUCCUCUUUCAUAUCAUCAAUUGAUGGUACUUCCACAGAGAUAUCGACCAAAGAGCUUUGUGGAGGCGCCAGAAUCUACUAUAUCUUUAACUCGGUUUUCGGAAAUUCUCUAGAAACGAUCGACCCCACCACAAACCUUUCAGCCCUUGAUAUUCGGACUGCAAUUAGAAAUUCGACUGGGCCUCGGCCUAGCCUUUUUGUCCCAGAGCUUGCUUUUGAUCUUCUCGUCAAACCACAAAUCAAGCUCCUAGAGAUUCCCAGUCAGCGAUGUGUGGAGCUUGUCUACGAAGAACUAAUCAAGAUAUGCCAUACUUGUGGCUCCACAGAGCUGACAAGAUUUCCUCGUCUGCAAGCGAAGCUUAUCGAGGUUGUUUCCGACCUCCUUCGCGAACGCCUAGGUCCUUCUUCCUCGUAUGUGGAGUCGUUGAUCUCGAUACAACGAGCAUAUAUAAACACCAAUCAUCCAAAUUUCCUCGGUGCAGCUGCUGCGAUGAGCCAUGUAGUAUCAAACAAACAAGAUAAGGAGCGGAAGAGACUCCUGCAAGAAGAACGGGAGAGGCGCGAAAAGAGACGGCUAAAGGAAAUUGGUGCUACCAAUGGCGUGGACACGCCUGAGGAAGAAGAAGAGAAUGCUGUAGAGAAGGUCGAGCUACCACACCGAAAGCAUCUCUCAAAGAGCGGACGAAGUAUGUCUCCAGCAGUCCGCGAAAAUGGUGUAGGUGGAAUGGCCGCAACUCUGAAUGGAGUGAGAUCGAGCUCCCCACAAAGAUUUGGCGCACAAGGUGGUGCCCGAGAUUCAUUCUUGAACUACUUCUUUGGCAAGGAUGGUGCUCCCGGUGGCACCGGUCCUGGGCAAACAGCUCCACAAAAUCCAAAUCUGGGCAGGCACGUCAGUCAAAGCAUGGAGCCAAGCUUCAGUCAAAGUAUUAGGAGGCAAGAAGAGCGCACUCACCGAACGCCGGCCCAACAAUCACGAGAAGACGAUUACGAGCUAGGAAGGGCGCAGAGGGAUUAUGACUAUAACUCCCCAUUCGGAAACAACGCCGAACCGGCACUCACAGACCGCGAGGCGAUGGAAACGGAGCUUAUCCGAGCACUCAUCUCAUCAUAUUUCAACAUCGUCCGCGAGUCCAUUGCGGAUCAAGUUCCAAAGGCGGUCAUGCAUCUCCUAGUCAACCACUCUAAGGAUGUAGUACAGAACCGGUUGGUCAGCGAACUUUAUAAGGAGGAACUCUUCGGAGAGCUCCUAUAUGAAGAUGAUGCCGUGAAGAAGGAGCGUGAGAAGUGCGAGAAGCUGCUUAAGACUUAUAGGGAGGCGGCUAAGAUCGUUGGUGAGGUUGGGAUAUAA